ACCGCCCCGCCGCUACUCGGUAGUCCUAUCGUGUCCAAUCGUACGUGUGCGAUUAUAGAACUCGCGCACUCUAUCUAGUCUUUAUAUCUCUAUGAAUCUAUCCGAUGAGUGAAUUUCUGAACGCAGCCAUGUAUUUCAAUAUUGGCAGUAAACAUUGAAACGCAACCCUUACAUUGAUGUGCAUUCGAGUGUAUUCGUGAUACGGUAGAUGUCAAUGAUGAGACGAUCAAAAUUGUUUAAACCGCAUUUGUUAAGGAAAAACUAAAAAAAUGGGAGGAAUAAAUUGGAGCGAAUUAUUUCCAGGAAGAUGGAGUCCUGUCAUUUUCACUUCUUACAUAGCUCUUUUUGUAAAUCAAGGUAUUCUUGUGACAUGGUCUCAGAAAAGUGGUUAUUAUGAAUAUAAUAUUGUAGCAGUUGUGUUGAUGACAGAAUUUUUAAAAUUAAUUAUAUCUACAGUACUUUACUGUAAAAACAAUAAUAUUCUAACUCUUUUCCACGAGAUAAAGAAGUAUAAAACAGUGCUGUUAUUAUACAUGAUACCAGCUUUUUUAUAUUGUUUAUAUAACAAUCUAGCUUUUGUUAACUUAGCUAGAUUUGAUCCUACAAGUUAUUAUGUCUUGCUUCAACUUCGUGUUGUGUUAACAGGAAUCAUAUUUCAGGUUAUUUUCAACAAAAAGCUAUCUAGUAUACAAUGGUUCUCACUGUUGAUUCUGACAGUAGGUUGUAUGAUAAAGCAUUUUAAUGUUCAAGUUCUUAAUCAAGAAUUUCAUGUAAAUAUAUCGUUGGGUUUUAUUCUUAUACAGACAACAUGUUCUUGCUUAGCUGGUGUAUAUAACGAAUAUUUGCUUAAAAAGCAAGGUGCAGAGAUCGACAUUUUUGUACAAAAUAUAUUUAUGUAUAUUGACAGUAUUAUCUGCAAUAUUAUAGCGAUUAUCUUAUUAAGUACAUUCGAAAUCAAUACAUUUAGUAGCGUUAGUAUCAAUGCGUCUCUGCAACCAAAAGUAAUAUUAAUUAUGAUAAAUAAUGCAUUAGUUGGUAUAAUAACAAGUUUUUUUCUAAAAGCCUUAAACUCUAUAUUGAAAACCUUUGCUAGCGCGAUGGAAUUGAUUUUUACAGCGGUGUUGUGUUGGAUUUUGUUUGGCAUACCUAUUAACACAAAUACUGUUAUUUCUAUAGCUAUGGUAAGUUUUGCCGUUGUUAUAUAUUCAAGAAAUCCUGUACAAAAUGCUCCGCUUAAAGAGAAAACACCAGAAAAUUCAAGACUUUUGACGUCAAGCAUAGUAUAAAUUUUUUUAAAACAAUGUAGAUGUUAAGGACAAUUUACGAAAGCAAUGUCUUUUAUCAUAAUAUUAAGUAAUUUGUUUUUAUGCGCAAAUUGUGCAAGAUACAAAUUCAUUUUUCUACAUCACGUGUACGAUAUUAAUAUAUAUACAAUGUA